AUGAAGAUCGCCAACUAUUCUCUGGUCCUACUGGGCUGGGUGACUACCUGCAGUGCUGUAGAUGACUUACCACAGCUUACUAGGGAUUUUAUCUCUAAUUUUAACAAAAACGCUGGCGAGUGCACCACCCGAGAAGAUAUGCAUGCAGCAAACUUGGGCUCAGGCGGAUCGGCGGUCCAAGAGCAAAAGCGAGAAAUUGAUUUCCUCUCAACACUUGGCACUCAUCCCAAUCCUACUCCGUCGCCAUCCUCCGGGAACUGGGGGGAAACUCAUCCCCGAGAAGUUCCUACAGAGGCUCACAGUGGAACGAAGCGUCCUUUUGAAACUCACCUUCCGACGCCAUCGACCAAAAGGAGGAAACAAGACGAGAUUCAAAAUCAACCGCAAACAAUCGAUCUUUUGCGGAACUUAGAACACGGUCCACCAGACCCCCAAACUUUUGAUGACAUCCUGCACAAGGCUGUAUACGAUACGAAAAGUGUUCUUAAUCAAGCGCAACGCGUGUUAAAUAGCCGAAGGAUUACCGAGCUCCUGGAGCGGGCCGUGAAGUAUGUUGAAACGCUAAAACCCCGGACUACUCCUGUUCACGUACAAAAUGGGGGACAUUUUGUGCCCCCGAUGCCAGGCAACCCAGCCAGCUUUCGACAGCCUGUUUUCGUUCAUGGUACCCCUCACGUUCCUGAUCCGACGUCAGACGACAUGGCCGGGCGUUUAUCAAAUAUACUAGCUGUCUCCUCGCAUAGGGCACAACGACAUUCUGACUCGGCUUCUGUUCAGGUAGCAAAUCAAAGAAAUAAACGUCGAAUAAUUUUUGCUGAUACUCGCACCGAGCAACAGAGGCAACUUCCGGCGCUCAAAACCAGCCGAACGGAUAGAACUCAUGAGGGAUCUUCAUUACGCUCUAACCCCAAGAACUUAGACGACUCUCUUGCAAACCUGAUCUUCAACAGAUUGGCUUCCCGUCAAAAAGAGAUCGCAAAAGAACCUGUUGAGAAUCCUCAACUCGACAUUUCUCUUGCGAGUCAACCAUCAAGUAGUCGCAAUGACCAGUUUACGAGACUUGAAUUUACUCAUGAUGUUCUUGAAGCACGCCGCUGGUUAUCCGAAGACCAGGAUAUAAUUGCCAAAAUAAAAGCUUUCAAUCCGAAUGAAAAUAAGCUCGUCAUUUAUGAGAAAGACUACGGCGGUAAAAACGGUGCUGUGGAGAUGUUCUUGAGUUGCUAUUAUCGGACCAGAAAUGGCGCGUCUGAGUUUCGGGAAAUGAUGGGAAACAAGGCAAGAAGAACGGCGUUUUAUCAACAACAUUUCCGCAAGUUAAUGGAAAAACGUCUAGAAUGGAUUACAUUUUGGAAUCAAAAAACCAAACUCAACCUCAAGACAGAUGCACCUAUCCAGACUGGUGGACAAAGGAAGAAGGACAGAUUAGGACUUGUAUUCUUAUUUUAUGUGGAGAUGAUUGACUCAAUACUUCCCAAAAGCCAAGGAAUCACGUCGGAUGAACACAAUUCAAAUAUUCUUGAAUCUGCCUUUGAAAAUUUUGAAACAUUCUUGAGGGAAAACGGAAAAGUAGAAAAUUCGACGACCCUUGAUAGUUUUCUUCAAUAUACUAUUCUGUCUUUCAAUUGA